GCUGUAAGAGAGCUCAGACCGCCGGAGAAAAUGGAUGUAACGACGGCGUUCGACCCGAGGGUAAAGCUAGGUUCACAAGGUCUAGAAGUUUCCAGGAUCGGGCUGGGCUGUAUGAGUAUGUCCGGUAACUACGGCCCUCCCAAGCCCGAGGCCGAAAUGAUCAAGCUACUUCAUCACGCUAUUGAUACUGGAGUCACCUUACUCGAUACUUCUGAUGUCUAUGGCCCUCUUACUAAUGAAAUACUCAUCGGCAAGGCUAUUAAAGGGAUAAGAGAGAGAGUACAAAUAGCUACCAAGUUUGGUAUACGUUUUGAAGAUGGAAACAGGGGCAUUUGUGGUGAACCUGCGUAUGUAAGGGCUUGUUGUGAGGCCAGCUUGAAGAGACUUGAUAUCGACUGCAUUGAUCUCUAUUAUGUUCAUCGCAUCGAUACUCAGUUGCCAAUUGAAGUCACGAUGGGAGAACUAAAAAAACUCGUUGAAGAGGGCAAAAUAAAAUAUAUAGGUCUAUCAGAGGCUUGUGCAUCAACAAUCAGAAGGGCCCAUGCUGUUCAUCCAAUAACAGCUGUUCAGAUGGAAUGGUCUUUGUGGACUAGAGAUCUGGAGGAAGAAGUAGUUCCUACUUGCAGAGAACUUGGCAUAGGGAUUGUCCCCUAUAGUCCUCUUGGACGAGGAUUCUUCUCAGCAGGGGCAAAACUGAUCGAAAGCUUGCCUGAUGAUGACUUUCGCAAGAAUUUCCCUAGGUUCAAGCCAGAGAAUUUUGAGCAUAACAAGCAAGUAUUUGUGAAUAUCAAUCUAAUGGCUGCAAGGAAAGGAUGCACUCCUUCACAAUUAGCAUUGGCAUGGAUUCUUCACCAAGGAGAUGAUGUAUGCCCUAUACCAGGCACUACGAAGAUUGAAAACUUCAACGAAAACGUAGGAUCCUUAUCCGUAAAAUUGACAGAGGAAGACAUGAAAGAACUUGAAUCGUAUACCUCUGGCGAUGUUGUCAAAGGUGAGAGACAUUUAUACAUGUCGUCAACUUGGAUAAAUUCAGAGACACCGCCAUUGUCCUCCCUAGAAAGCUGAAUAGGGGUUUGACAAGUGAUAUCUAUUUAGCUUCUUAUGAUGCUCAAACUCUUUGAAGUUAUUGUUGCACCCAUGUGGGAUCCUCCAAAACUUCACUAAUGGAAAACCCAAUAAACUUGGCGACAUUUUUGAAGGGUCCGAACAAUAUAGAUAGCUUUUGUACAUGUACUCGAUACUUAUUUAUGAAGAGAGACGUAUGUUAUGGAUUGCUCCUAAAUUAUUUAA